AAUUACGAGAUGCGUGACAUUCUUAGUCUGGAGAGUAGGAAGGUAGGAAAACGAGAUAAUGGGAAGAUAUAAUAAGAGUUAUGUGUACCGCCGUUUCUACACAAGAUAUGAAAACUUUGCCGUCUAAAAUAAUGAGAAUGGUCAACCUUAUGUGUUCUCUACAAUUAAGUUUAAUCUCAAAGUUUAACAUGUGAAGGUAUAACUUUCUAACUAAAAAAUGUUAGAAGAUGAUGAUGCAAUCUGGUAGGAACUUGUUGGUAACGUACACUAAAAUCAGGCAACAAUUAUCCUAAUGGGUAGUGAGCAAUAAUUCAUUAUGAGUAUAGAUAUUACUUAAGGUUUCCAUUUUUGUCUCAUGAAACGCAGCUAUUUUGAGAAUGGAGGAAAGAUCAUGGACCUAGGAGGAUAAAGUGCCCUUCACCAGAUUCCAUGUGAAAGUGAACGUAUCACGAGUUGGACUCAAGGUUCAAGUGUCCGAAAUAUUUGUAUGCACUUUAAGUGUCAAUGACCACAGGUACUAUGACCACAGGUACCAUUGCUGCUACUAUAGGCCUAAGGCUGUCUACCUAUCUACUCCAGAUUUACAUUAUUUCUUCAUAUUGAUACGACACCCCUAAUCCACAUAGCACCUGCAUACAAUAAAUCUUUCAACGUGCACUCAGACGUAGCAAGAGCACAAACAAUCUAGUGGUGCAUAUGUAAGGACUGUCCAAAAAAUGCAACAAUUUGGAGUAGCCUACUUAUUUAAUACUGCCUCGUGAUCAAGUUUUAAUACUAUGCAAGCAAGGGACCAUUAAUAUUUUCCUUGUAAAUGAUAUUUUGAACUAUUCCAUUAUUUUCCGCAAAAGUCAGAAUUAGCCAAUUUGGCAAAAAUAUAAUAGUAAGUGGAUAUUUUCAUUUUUCUUUAAGUAUUUCAAUAUAUAUUCGACUUAACUCAGCAACGACUGAUUUUUAAAAGCAUGACAGAAAUUAUGCUUGAACUCUGCGGCCAACUUGAAACACAAUCACCUAGAUUUAUUUCCUUUCUACUAUACGCUUCUCAUAUCUAUGUAUCUCUACUUAAGCGGAGAGUAGGUUACUAUGUUCAGAGUCUUCAGCCUUCAACAGUCAUAGGAAGCCUUGUCUGUAAAAAGUCACCACUUUGUUGAAGCAUAUCUAGGCAACAUCAUGAGGUGAUACAAAUGUACAAGGUGACUAUUCAUAGAUACUCCUUCUAUGCCAAAAGUUAGCUGUCAUUCUUGCCAUACGCACGUACUAAGAAAAAACUUUAGUUUUUAAAUUUAAAUAUAUUUUUUUUAUAAUCCUGUGCAAUUUUUCUCGAAAUUCGUCUAUUGGCUGAUAAUAUUUGGCUAUAUUACUGAUAUCUAUAUAAUUCUAAAUUAUAUAUGGAUACAUAGUUAUUGAGAGUUUGUAAUAUCGUAACGAGCACAAAAAAGUACGCAUGAACAAAUUACAAGUUCUUCUAUAGGGAUCUAUUUAAUAAACCAGAUUUGCCACGAAUUUACUAUGUGUAACUUAUGGAUAUAGACAGAUGCAUCCUGCAUGCAUCUUACUAGUGUGGUGGUGAGAUUCUGUGUCAAUGAAUUGGGCGAAACCAGUUGAGUCUUCACAAUGCAACACAGGUAGAGGCCACCGGCAAGACAUCCUCAUUGUUUCAGGGGUUUAGUGAAAGUUGUGGAGUGUGCAAGCAUCUAUCUGAGGUGGUUGGACAAUCUCCAGCUGUCUUCUUCUUCAUGGUGGAACUGAAUACAUUGUAGACGUGGUAACAAUAUUUCCGCACAAAUUGGCAUUUUGUCCUAUCAAGUCACACAGGAAAUAUGUACAGAUAGUUGUGUGAUGCAGCAAAAAUAGUUCAGGCGUGGAAAGAAGAAGAUUCAAUCUAUGGUUUAUUGAUUCGUGGACUCGUGUGAAUACCACCUCCUGUGGUGUGCUAAAGUGCAUAAUUUGUGAUUCUGUAGAAAAGAGAUUCGGUACAGGGAGUGUUUGACGGUGAUAUUAAUCAAGGGAUUGCUGGCCGUUGGUGAAAUGUGGAAACCCUCCUGGGCAGAUUGAAGAAAAUUAAAUUUUUAAACCAAACCAGCCAUCUAUUCUUAAAAGAAAAAUCCGAGCAAAAUUCAACCAAGAAACAAGCAAGUGCUGGGAAAGUAAGACAUAUAACGUAAUGGUCAAUUGAUGAAAUGAAUCUCAGUGCUGUGACUACUAAUUGUGAUACUUUUCUCUUUGGCCAUAUGCGACGGUACUAAAUAGAGAUAUGACGUUAAAUAAGUCGGUUGUCCACUCGCAGCUAUGUGUGUAUGCAGCUAUGAUCCAGAGAGAUUGCAAGGAUCCAUUCAACUUCAAUGACAGGUCAUCAACGAUCUGCUAACGGUCUCUGUGACACCAUGUCCUUCAGGCUUGUGUCGCAAACAGACGGAAGGGAUCCUUGAACCAGCAAAUGAAUAGGGCUCAGCCUCCGACCGUUCUUUUCUCAGCAAGGCACCGAAUGACGGCGAAGAGCGAUGCGCAGAGGUCAAAAUUCGCAACAGGGUGUCUCGAUUGUGUUUAUGUAAGGGAGAUUUGUGCAACAAGGCGUCUCCAUCUCUACACCACCGCUCCUUCCUCCGUGUAGCCUUCCUAACGAUGGUCAACCUAUCCAUAUCGAACUAUUAUGGCCACUGAACAAGUAAGCAUAGUCGUUGAAUAAGUUUAUUUUUCGUCCUUUAUCUCGCUGAAGAUACAUAUUUAUCUAACUACUUUUCUGAUAAGUAUUCUUAAAUGCAAUUAUUUUUAUGGAAAGGUGGAAUGUUUAUGAAAAAUGGUGAUGAGAGAAUUGACAUAUUAUAUUUUUGUUCUUUUUCUAUAUUACCUUGGUUGAAAAUCUUGGUUUUCGUAGGUUAGUUAAUGCUAUAUUAUAAAUAGGUGAGCGUAAUGAGAAAUAAAAAGGAAACAAUAAGUUAGAAACGAAUAAUUAAGGCCGUAUGACUUUAUUGCCAAGAUCAGUAAACGGAUGAGUAUCUACAUAUAUGAUUUAUUACUUUAUUUAUUUACUUUAUAUCUAGCAGUCUAAUACUCUAGUAUCUAAUACUCUUCAUGAAUAUUUUACAUGUACAGUUGCUAGGAAUAGUGCGAAACCUACACAGUUGUAAAGAAAAUAAGAAUAAGUUCAAGGAUACGUACAUAUUUAUGAUAACUUGCAAACAUUUUCUGCUUAACUAAAUGAAGUUGAAAAUGUAGACAAAUAUUUAUGUAAAUCUGAAGAAAACAUGGUUCACAGUAUGGAUACAGCUGUCUAAUUACAAUUAAAAUUACUUGUAAAUCUUAUCAAUAUUGCUGGCACCGACAUAAUAACUUGGCUGUGUUGUCAGCUUUUAAACUAGAUAUGUAAAUAAAGCACCAAAUUUAAAAAUUUGAUUGUUUAUGUAAUUUUAUACAUACCUAAAUCUUUACGUAAUUCAUACAUUUCCGUGUUUAAAAUGGAGAUAAAACUAAAUAUUUUACAUACGUAGCCGUUAGUAUUUGCAUUUAGUCGUUACUAUCGUUCACAUUUUGUAAUUCAAAAUGCAAAUGCAAAAUCACCUGGCAAAAAAUCUGCACGUCACAAUCUCUGCAAAUUAAUUCUCCCGGAUUGUUCAUUUUCAUUAGUAGUGAAUAAAAGUAAAUAAUUGAUCUACGUGAUUAUUAGAUUGAUUAUUUAAGACAACAUUUUAGUUCAAGAUGGACCUCAUCAACCCCGAAUAGGAACAAAAGGCGGUGGAGGUCAUCGCGGAAAAGUUACCGGCUUUAUUCCAGCAGAAUUCACGUGUCUAGUGGAACUAUACUCAUCUGUCCAGAUUAAGUAUAGGGAAACUUAACUUAAAAUCAUACCUACCAUAAGAAAGCACUGAGUUGGCUGGAAUCAGCCAACAAUUCCAUCAACCACCACCUUCGCGGUGGUAUGACUUUAAGUGAAAUUUCCCUAUACUCAAUCUGGACAGAUGUGUAUAGUUCCACUAGACAAAGAAUUCGCCAAACGACUUAGUGAACUAGACCAAAUGACAAGUCUCCAACAGUCGCUUACCUGAUUUACAACUCAGAUAAGCAGCUUCUACGACAAGGUUAUCCAGCUCGAGGGGAAAUUGGAGGAAUUAAAUUUUAAAAAAAUAGGAAUUGGGGGAGGUGCAUAUACAAAAGAAAUUUCGAGACUUUGCGAAUCAUUAGUUCCUUGGACGGCAAGGUGGUUCAGCUGGGGAAGAAACAUUCCGACUUAUCUGAACAAUGGGAGGACGGCAAGAAUAAGAUUUCAUCCAGUCGGUCGAAAGAUUUGGAGGUAGUGAAGGAAUUGAUGGAGAAAUUGCAGACAUUGUUCCAAAUUCAAGAGAAAAUGUAUGACCGCCGGUUUCGAAAGGUUCAAGGGGGAGUCGCUGCUAUGGCGAAAAUCUUGUCGUUGGAUGAGGAAAGUUCGGAUUUUUUUAUUAGAAUGAUAAUUUAUUUAACUAUCGAAUUACUAAACUUAAUAAAACUACGCAGUACCGGAAACCAACCACGGAAGAGAGAUGGACGAAUUGCUGCAAAAUGAAAACCAAUCUCGUCCCUGCGAAGGGCAUUUACUAUCCUCAAUUCUAACCGGCACCACAAAUCACAAUCCGAGAUGUGCCAUCGUACCAUCUGGAAUAAAUCAGAUCCUUCUUGGGGUGGAGUUGCAUCCUGGGGGCGAAACUCUAGAAAAUUUUGCAGCUUAGAACGGCGAAGAAAAUGUGGUCAUCUCCACUCCGUCUACAAGUUCAUCACAACCUACGAGUAACGACGGUAUGGAUAAUUUAUGGUAAUUCAUGGUAUGGAGUCCAAAUACGGCUCCAAUUUCAGCCCCAGGUUAACACCAACAUUUAUCAAUUACGUAUUUCAUUAUAUUUAUUGACUGAAAAAGGGGACCGUGCUGAUGAUAAGGUCCACGAUAUCACUGACCCCUCUGCAAUUCUUCACCCACUUAAGGAGGAACCUCGGCGUUCCCAGGGCAAAAAGAAGGCGCCGUCCUCCUACGUGGGUUCGACGAUCGGUGAAAAAACCAAGACCAACUGCACCAGCAAGAGGGCCCAGAACCGGAAACAAAAGUGGACACCCAUCAGCAUCAGAAGAAGACCUAUGUCAUCGAUCCUUGGAUUUAGUAAAUCGUUACACAUGUGUUUUCAUUUAUUCGAAAUGAUUUACGGCUCUAAAUUUAUUACUAAAUAUAUAGCAUUUAAAUAUGUAAUAUAGAAACUGAGGAACCAGAAACUGACAUGUAUGUGGACAUUGACCAUGAUUUUGGUGAGGACAACAAGAAAAAGGACGCGACUUACAAUUUUUCAAAACAUAGCGAGGGGAAGACGGACGAGAACAAUUUUUCCCAGACUUUCAGUUCCACCCUACGUAGGGCUAAAACUAGUUCUGUGGCAAAUGUAGCUUAGUGGCGCCAUCUAGUGGUAAUAGUAAAGUACUAUUAGUAGUGAAUUAUGUUAUCCGCUAGGUGGCGACCACUAAUCUCACUAUUUCUCGUAUUUCUCAUUAAUCUCACUAUUUCUCACUGAGAUGAGAUUUGUGAAGGUGAGAUGAGAUUUCUGCAACCCUUGGUUUAACCACAUACUUAACAGACGCUCUGUAUUGGAAGGAUGUUUUGAUAAUAUUAAAAACGAAACAUACCGGUUCCUGUAUGUAGGCAUUCCACACCUGCCAAUAAUCAAAUAUCAAGCAAUACAAUUUUAAAUUGGGCUAAGUAAAAAUAAAGGAAUACAACCAGACUACCGUUGUCACAUUAAUACGUAAAUCAAGGAACUGGGAGUUUAUAUUCCCGAGUUCCUACGACGAACUCCUUAUGGAUAAUUUGUGAAUAAUCUUGUGUCGCUUCAAGAACACAUUAAGCUUUUUAAAAAUCACAUCCUUUGUAGAUUUGGUAAACAUUAUUUUCGUUUUAUUUACUUGCGGUUUGUUUUUAUAUUUAGACCUUUUUCCUAGGAAAAAUGCCUACAAGAAGCCACGUACAUACAUACAAAACUGGGUCUAACUACAAAAUGUGGACAAUGUUAUCAUCAUCCAAUGACUGAGACCAUAACGAUGCAAUGCUGCAUGUGGAUUACUAUGUAUAAUUUGUGUUUUAUAAGUAACUCUUUUUCGUAUGCAAAUACAUACACUAUUAUCUUCUAUAGAAAAAGGGUCUAAUUAUAAAAAUAGACCACGGACCAAAACCCUUAUACCGUAUGACUCCUAAAUUAAGGCUUAAUCCCAAAGCCGGAGAAUUUUUGACUUAAACUUAGUAAAGUUGACCAUCAACUUAACAACUCACAAUACUUUGACUCGAAAUAACAAUCGUGGCUAACCGAACUUGCUCUGCGGGAUUUCAACCUGAAUAUUUUCCUGUUUAAGCAUUUUCUCCUGUACCAUAUAAGUAUAUUUUUAUCCGACACAUACUACAAAUGUAUUUUGAUGCAAGGCAUGGACAAGAAAUUAAGGGCUUAUAUAUUGUAUUCUUUACUGAUAAAUUCCUAAGAGCCUAGUACUCAUAUUUUAAUGGUUAUUCUUAGAAAGGUACUAAAUACAAUGUUGGGAGACCUUACCAACAAUCAGUUCGAAGAAAGUGCUGUGCCUGAAUCAGUCUACAAUUGAAAGUCAUUGGGAUUUUACAGUUACUCAAAGUUUAAGUAUUUGACACUCCAUAAAAUUCUAUCAUGUCGCUACUUACUGAAAGUACAAAUUCUGUCUCAAAGGCUCUGGAAAAUACGGUGAUUCUGCGCGAAAUAAUCACGCUUUUGCCAGCCAACCAGGUUAAGGAGGUCAGAAAAGUAUCAUCCGUUUGGGAACCCGUAGCUAAUCUAAUUCUCGGAAAACGGACGGUUUUCUCAUUCCAAAACCACAAUCCAGUCUACGCCCCGGGAAAUUCAAAUCUUUCCCUAGCAGUUCAGCUUUUACGACGAGUUUACUUGCAAUCUCUUUACCACCCGGAUGAGAAUGACACAGAUAUUCAAGAAAUUACAUGUCCUUUUCGUUUCGUCCAUUUCGUUUUGAAAUAUCAAUCUCACAUAAAAGAGUUUUACUUUCAUAUCAAUUACAAUUUCGGGCCUGCGAUGAAGGCAUUAUUUGAGUCGGUGCGCUUCACAAGUAUUGCCAAGAUCCAUAUAAAAGUCCAAGAUACAACCCAAUACCCUGGCGGAACAUUUAAAAACGUAGAAUUCCAAAUUUCCAAUGAUUUCUCAACCCUGAAAGAAUUCAUGAUUCGAAGCAGUAUCCGGCAAUCGGACGGGAUUGGGUCAAUUUAUCGAGAUAUGACAACACAAAUUUUGAAAGUAGCGCGGAACUUGGAAAAAUUAAUCAUUCAUGACAACUUUACCCCGGACUUGUCCAGCUGUAGGAUAUUGAAAUGCUUGGAAUGGCUUUAUUAUCCGUAUAAAGAGAAGAUGUCGCCAUUUGAUCAAGUAACUAUAUGCGAAAAGUUUGACAUACAAAACUUUGUGUGUAUGCUUACUAAAAUUUCCACCACAUUGGAGGAUCUCACCGUCGGGAUACUUGCUCGGUACGAUGCCGAAGAAUACCCCAUACCAAGAAUUCUGAUCGAUCCUUCCACUCUACCCGUAUUGAGUAAACUCACAAGCUUAUCCUUGCCAUCGGCGGAGGCGCUUGAUUUCGCCUUACCAAACCUAACCUUGGCCCAACUACCUGGUUUGAAACGUCUCAAGCUUAAUGCAACCAGUAAAGAUAUUUACGACGAGGUAUCCAGUUUCAACUUUUUUUUACCAUGCCUCCCAACUCGUCAAAUUUGGACAGUCCAGGAAAUCGAGGUCCUCCAACUCCGAGCCACCGACGAUUCAUCAAGUCCAAGUUUGACAAAAAUAUGGCAAGCUUUCCCGAACUUGAGGCAUUUGAAACUUACAAAGUUAGGAGGGUUGGAUAGGAGCAAUAAUGCAGUGGAGUGGGACCAUGUGAAACAGUUCUUCAGGAAUUUGCACUAUUGUCCUUCACACGUGUCGCGAUUGACGAUCGAUUUGAAUUUGAGGACUUCCUUUUCUGACUUAAUGGACGUUAUGGAUAUUACGGAUGGAUGUCACCUUGUGGAGAAACAUUUUAGAAUCCAAGGGCAUACCAGCGUGACCGUAAUAAACCGAGCUCAUUAUAAUUCCGCCUUCCGUAGUGAUCCAGCAUGCAUCAAAUACCGGAAUGCUUUCAAAACCUGGCAACCCAAUUUAACCUUUGAUGGGUUUGAGACCAGACUAACCUCAGCUGUUCAAAUGUCGGAUUUUAUUAAGGAAAAUAAAUUGGAUGUAAAGUUUGUAGAUAAUAUUUAUGCUUUAGAAAAAAAUUGGUAAAUGUCGACUUAAAUUUAAAACUGGUUUGAAAACCAUUUCACGAUGAAAAUAAGUGAUCAAUUACGAAGCUUGAAACAGUAACUAUUUGUAUUCAACCUGUUAAAGAAAUUCAUAUUUAUACAUAAUAUUUAUGAUAUUUGUUUAUUUUUAACUAAAAACAAUAUUUUAUUAUUUAAUUACUUAAAUGUUAGGUUUCUAUUGAAUAUUGUAUUGUAAUGUAUAAAUAACUCUAAAAAUCUUGAAAAUUUAUUUCACAAUCAAGAGUGAAUUGCAAGUUGUCUUCCUAAUUUUAAAAAGUCCUAGGUGAAACCGAUGCGUAAUUUAAAAAGUUCUAAGUUACAAUGGUGUGGAAAUGGUGUGGAAUUUAUCAUUCUCCUACAUGUCACAUGUAUAUUCAUCUUAUUCAGAUGCAUGCACCCAUUAUCUUAUCUUACCUUACGUCACCGACAACUUAAAGAUCAAGUUAAAGCUUGUGUUUUGCCCGAAAAUCUUCACUUUUCUAUUAUAAUUUUCAUUAAAAUCGUAUUUUUUACACACCAGAAGCAAGUAAAACAACUAAGGUCAUCCAAUUUGAAAUAAAACAAAUAGUUGAGUCAAAAAAACCUUAUCCAGACGUUCUCAUCUGAAGUUAAAGUUAAUUUGGUUUAAUCAAAAUCAUAGUAAAAUACCUAUUGGUAUCCACAUAUCUAUAUAAGUCUUGCAUAUAUGGCAUAUAUAUGACUCACAAUCAGUAUUUUGCAGAAAUAACAUGAAACCCAUUCAGCCUUAUACUGACAAGUAUGUAUGCUGUUUGUAUGUUUAUUUACUUAACUCUUGCGGACCAGGGCCCAAGGAGUUACAUAACGUCAUCAAUAUAGUAAGAUUUUUGUACUUGCAAGUACAUACUGCUCAAUGAUGAACAUCAUGUCAACCGAUAUCUCCAACCAUGAAUGUAAUUGGUAAGUGCUACGAUGCAUGACCGAUUCAUACCGUAACACUAAAUCCACUGGACAACGUCAAACAUUUGUUGAUUGGACCCUGAUCCUCAGCAUCUUGACUCACAAACCAGUUCAACCAAGUUGGCAACGAUAAAAGGCUGAAGACAGAUAUUCGCUUUAAACAACAUCAUGUAUUUUCACUGUCAUUCUAAUGGGGAACAUCAUUCAUGGGGACGAUAUAUACAUAUCAUGACGAUAAUAUUAGUCACGCGUGAUAAUUUGGAUAUAGUGAAUAUGUCGAAAUAUAUUUCCAUGCUGAUUCAGGUUGGUAAUUUCCUGGGAUGGAUGAGUAAUGCCUGCCAUUUUUAACCUACCCUGUUAAUAAGACAAUUUCCCAGUAUGAAUGUUUUACUUAAUCGCUAACCAGUUUUACACAGAGAGCUAAAUCACCGCUUUGCCGAAACUAUUCAUCAUGACAGGAGCACAAAUUAUGGUUUAUGGGAUUUGGUGGUGAAACGACCGAUCAAACACAUUUGGUUCAAUUCAUUAAAUGGGAUUUAUUUGCCAGCCAUAUCUGUCGUGAAUCAUAUCAAUGACUCAAAAGCCGGACCCGUAUAAUUAAUCGCUUGGCUAAAUUGCAAUUUAACUGGUCAGUUUCCUCUCUUCUCAUCUCAGUCGUAUUUCUUCCCAGGUCUGGCGCAUACUAAAUUUUCUUCAUUUCUUACUUCAAAUAACUGCACUUCCACUAAAUAAAUCAUAAUUCGCAGCAAUAAUGGCAGAAAACUUGACAGAGAUUAGUAAUCUGUCGGAGAGUAGCGAAGUAAUGGAUUUAUUAUGGAACUUACUCCCUGACGCGAGGGAUAUGCUUUCCGAUAUUUUAAAAUCAAGCCGACCAACACUUAUGGAGUGCUUAGGUAAGGCUAUGAAAUUUGAUACGGUCCGAGCUAGCAUGGAGGAACUGCGAGUUAUGUUAAACUCGGAAGUGGAUUCCUGGUCUAAGGGGAUUCGAUGGUUCUGGCAAGGAAAACCAAACCCCUCCUCGGCCGCUCAUAUUUGGGAACACUGCGGGAAACACGACCUUUCCCAAUUUUUUGGUAUUUUUCACAAUUCAAACCCAAUGUGGUAUGUCCUUUAAUUGUUAAUUUCUUCAACACACUAUCCGCAAUUUGUUUUUCACAUUGUCAUCAGCUGCCCUUGAAACCUUGAUACUUAAAAAAAAUUAUGGACGUGCCUUAAAAUUAUUUCAGCUUUUUUACCUAUGUCCAAACGUGUUUAUUUCUGUUAGAUAACGAAACACAGGAAAAAAUCAAGAAACACGUGCAUUCUGAGGCCGCCACAAUUAAACUUGUUCACGAAAAACUUGAACAAGCAGAAACCAAUAUGGCAAAUUCAUUCUUGACCGCGUGUACUAUAUCUUCUGCAUUGGCAGGAAUUGUGCAAGGCCUCAAAAUUUAUACGAUAUGGGACCAUAUCAAGGACGCGAGAAACUGUCUUAUAGAGGAAAAAGUGAGAGCCAAGAUUUCCAAAAAUAUGGCUGAAAUUCUGAAAAUGG